AUGGCGACGCCGCGCCAUGGCGAAUUGGAUUCUAUAUGUAGCCCGUCGUCAUCAGAAAGGAGUCCGCGUGGUUGCGGGCAGUCAAGCGAGCGUCUCAUCGACCUCCUCACCCGCCCCUCCGCGCAAGGUGGCUACGGGGGCCGCCUCAACUAUACGGGAUUCGCCACCUUGGCCGCGUCGCUGGGCUGGAACCAGGAAGAUAUGGACGACUGCUGGUACGACAUUGUGAUGGGUGAGCCGUGCGCCGAGGCAGUCGACAUGAAGCGUGUCGCUGAGUGCGUGUGCAGCUACUGUCUUGCCUCUCCUCUUCCCAUUCUGGAGCACAGCACUCUCACCAAAUCAAGUCCGGCUGAACCGGCAACACCCCCGCGGCUGCCGCAUGCCUCCAGAGAGCGAAGCACAACAGUUCUCCUCUCUCCUCCAACGCCGCCGUCCCGCCGGACCGAAACCGUGAUGCCCAUGCCGCCAAAGACAGGAGACAAAAAGGGCAGGACGACCGCCACCACUUCACCACGACAAGCUUCCGCGCAGCGAAGAUGCACAAUGCCGAACGUCUUUCCCCGUUACGCGGUGGAAACGAUGUCGAGCGAACAAAAGAAAGCGUCCGUGUCGCCGCGCCGCCGGUCUCACACCGCACAAAAUAGACAAACUACAAUAAACUCGUCACGACCGACGUCGCCAGCGCCUACGCCGUCGCAGACUUCCGGCCCUUCAGGCGGUAGCGUCUUCUCCCGCUUGUACGAAAAGGGGAUGGAGCAACACCGGAAGCGGAUAGCCGUGAAGCCGGCCGACAGCGACGUGGCGGAGUGCACCUUCCAGCCGCACAUCACCCCGUACACGCCAAAGGCAUCGGAUACGGCGAGUAUGCAGUAUAAUAAGCCGACGCAGUCCUACUUUGCAAAACUGACGGCACAGGACAGUCCCCAAGAAGCAGCCGGUACCUCCCCGGAAACGCCACGGGUGACGUACCAACCAGCCCCAGGACCGUCAUCUGACGUCCCGCCAGGCUACGUCGAGGGUGUGGCUAGGCUCCGCAGCUACAUCGCCUCUCGCUACGCGCGCCCAAGCUUUGAGAGCAGCCUGCGAGGCAGCUCUUCAGCAAACGUCGCACGUCUAGUGGAGGCACCGAUACUGCGGCUGCCAGUCACUGUCGGGGGCGUGACGGACGCGGUCGAUGUUCGCCUCGCCUCUCCGGACGCACGUACCUCUCUUGGGCGAGAGUGUAGUGUGGGCCCGGGGCGUCUUUACCCCCGGCAGCGGAGUGAAGCUCGUCACGUGUCAUUCCCAUCGCCGUCGAGGGUGCGAUUUCGGUCGUGA